CCAACUGAAUAUAACGUGGUAACAACCGAUAAGAUUAGAAUUCUGUACGAAAUGAUUACAGUAUAAAUACAUUUUGUGUAGGCAUCUUCUAUAUUAGUCAUAGACUCCUCGAUCAUGAUUGCGUUUAUAUUUUUAUUUGUGGCAACAAUAAUAUUAUGUUUCGUUUACAUUUGCGGAAAAUACAACGAAGACUAUUGGAAGAAAAGAAAUGUGGCAUUUUACUCGAAGCAUAAAGUGUUUGGAGUAUUUUGGGAGUUCGCUUCUAAAAAGAAACCAGUUUUUCAAAAUCUAGGUGAGGUUUACAAAGAAUAUCGCAAUGAACCGGCUGUUGGUAUCGGAUCGCUGUUCACACCAACAUUAUGUGUGAUAGAUCCCACAAAUGUUCAAUAUGUUUUAACAACUGACUUCGCCUCCUUCAAUCACCGAGGACUGGAUACAAGCAAGAAUGACCUACUCGCCGACAAUAUUCUUUUCAUGAAUGGAAAUCGCUGGAAACUAAUGCGCCAAACCAUGACACCGCUGUUCACAUCUUCUAAAUUGAAAUCCAUGUACUAUAUCAUAGAUAAAAGCGCCACGGACUUAGUGGAACAUCUAAAGGCUAACAAAGAGCUGCUGAAAGGAAAUGCAUUUGACACUUUAUCUUCAUUUUGCAGUGCAGCUAUAGGAAGCGCUGUGUUUGGAGUGAGCACGGGAUCUAUUUUUGAUUCGCCGUUUCUUGAUAUGGCACGCAAAUCGACGAAACCUACUUUAAAGAGUAGUCUUAAAAUUGCCGUUGGUAACUUGAGCAACAAAUUAUUCACUUUCUUGGGUUUAAAAUUAUUCAAAGAUUUCGAAGAUUUCUUCAUUGGGGCAGUUAGAAAUAUAAUACGGGCUCGGGGACUCGAGAAGACCAAACGACAUGACUUCGCUGACAUAUGCGUAUCUUUGCAGAAUGCUGGUACCAUUGUAGAUAAAGAUACUGGCUUAGAAUUGAAACCAACAGAUGAGUUACUGGCGGCGCAAGCCUUCUUCUUUUUCAUCGCAGGCGUGGAACCUACAGCUCAAGCUUUAUAUGCUACACUAAUAGAACUGGGAAGACAUCCGGAACAUUUAGAAAAAGUCCACAACGAAAUCGAUGAAGCUUUUAAAAUACAUAAUAACAAAAUGGAUUAUGACGCUAUAAUGGGUAUGAAGCACCUUGAUAUGGUUGUUAGUGAAGCCUUGCGAUUGCAUCCACCCGUCGGCUUUAUAACAAGAAAAUGCGUAAAAGACACCAUCUUACCAGUAGGUAAUGUCAAAGUUGAAAAGGGGACGAGAAUAAUGACGCCUAUUUUUGCAGUUCAUCAUGAUGAAAAAUUUUAUCCAGAGCCCCUGAAAUUUAUACCAGAACGAUUCGCUCCAGAAAAUAGAAACAAAAUAAUUGAUAUAAGUUAUAUGCCAUUUGGAAAGGGAAAUAGAGUAUGUGUGGGUACUAGAUACGCUCUAUUACAAACCAAAGCCGGUUUGGUACAUUUACUUCGCAAUUUUACAGUAAGGACCAUUAUUGACGAAGGUGGACCUAAAUACGUUCCUCAGCCCGCGCAAGUGAGACUUUACAAUAUAGAUGUUGAAUUCAUACCGAGAUCUGUUCCUAAAUAAUUAUUCAAGCAGAUAAAUAAAUAAACAGUAUUAUUUACUAUUCAAUAAGUUAUGUAACACUUGUUGCUUGCCUUAUCUUGCCCAGUCCAGUCCAGUCCAGUCAGAUUCGGUUUUCAUGCUGCAACGUAUCGUCCCAAAUAUUU